UUAUUAUGCCAGUGACGGGAAAGCAAACAUAUCAACUUUGGAGCAAUGCAAAUUUCAGCACAUUUCCGGCACACAAGCUCCGAUCGAAGUUAAAAACCUCUUUAAUCAAAUCCACCGAACUCAUAACUUUUCUGAAUAAAACGAUUUUGCAACCACCCUAUCCGAGUCAAAUCAACACGCAUACAUCCACUCCACGUCCACAGCCGGCAAAAUCAGUGCUGAUUUUUGUUUAGAUUGGCUCGAUUCACCCGCUCCUCGAAUUUAUUGAGUGAUUUUUCACAAUUUUAGCCAUGAUUCGUCCAGAUAUCGUCAAACAGUUGGCCUGCCCGGCGGUUGGCCUUUCAACAUCCUGGAUCAUAGCACAAAAAGGCAAACCGGCCACCCAUCUGUCCGAAGUCGACGGACAGUUCCGACGGGAGAUGUGGCCGUUCGAAAAAAGUGUUUGCCCCAAGGAUCCCACCCGUGCCAAGGAACUUCGCCAGAAAGCUAACGAAACCUACCGGAAGGGUAUGGACCACAUGGGGGCAGCAUUGUCUGAAUACAAUAUGGCUAUCUGUGCCGCCCCGGAAGGAAGCGAAGAGCUAGGAUUGGCCUAUGCUAAUCGUUCGGCUGUUUGUUUCCAGCAGAAAAAGUAUCACGCUUGUGUGAAAAAUAUCGAGCUGGCUCAGAUGAACUACCCCAAGGAUAAAUUGGAAAAGUUGUUAGAACGAAAGGAAAAAUGUGUGAAGUUGCUUGAGGAUGGUCAGGAAGUGGAAGAGGAGUUGGAUGAUAAGAAUGCUUUGGAUAAAGUCGAGGUCAGAGAAAUUGCCAAUUAUGGCCAGGGAGUGGUUCUCAGAGAGAACGGCAAUGUUGGGGACAUCCUUUUUCAAGAAAACCCAUCAAUUCUGGUGGUGGAGCAGGGGUUUAACUUCAAAACAUGUGAUAGAUGUGGGUGUAACAAAACACAAGCAAUGAUUCCUUGUAGUUCCUGCACCGAAGUCAUGUACUGUUCUGAACUGUGCAAAAAUGAAGCAUUUUCAAUGUACCACAAAUUUGAAUGCGAAAUAGUUCAGGAUCUUCAGUAUCUAUUCCGAGGACCCAGACCUGUCGAUAUGUUUAGAUUGGCAUUUCGUGUGUUCCUCAGAUUUGCAUCUGAACUGUUUCAGAAUCGUGAUAAAUUUUGGCAAAGAUACCAAAACGACCUCAAAGGGUUUCGGAACCCUCAACUCAUAAACAACGCCGACAUUCACUGGCACGUAUUGUGUGUCGGACAACAACAGAAAAAGUCAGGCGAUAAUAACGGAAUCGGAAUGACUCAGUUCCUAACGGUUUUGAUCUAUAAAGUUGCCAUCGAAGAGAACAACUCAAUCGCUAGUCUCAUCAACCAACAGGAUCACGAUCGAUUGAGAGAUAUCCUGUACGGGUUACUGUUUCGGGUGAAAGAAUAUUGCGAUCAAGGUGCACCUCAGAUUACUAGCGUGUAUCCGAUGCUGCGAAUGGUUAACCAUUCCUGUGCACCGAAUGCUGAACGCGUUUUCAUCGGUGGGCGAUGUUCGCUUCUACUGGCCAAGCGACCGAUCGAUGGAGGAGAGCAGGUGCUGGUUUGCUAUCUUCCGGGAGGCUCUACCGACACCACGGCACGAGACGAACGCCGCAAACAGCUACAGGCUGAGUUUGAUUUCGAAUGUGAGUGCUUGGGCUGCACUCUCGAUUACCCGAAGCUUGACGAUCUGGAAGAGAAUCGGGAAUUGGCUGGAGAGCUGGAAACCAUCGAUCAACAACCCAAUGCCGAAGAACGACUGGAUCUGCUCAAAGGAUUUCUGCAGCUGUACGACGAUCUGUACCCACAACGCGAAUUGGCCAAAGGUUGGAAGCUUUGCCUAGAAGCUUUGUUGAAACCGAUGUCCUCUUGUUAAGUUUAAUUUGUUUUUUAAUUCUGUUCGGAACAUUUUAGUUGAUUGAAGUCACUCUUUUUGUUUAAAUAUGAGAACACUGAAUUUUAUUCAUACUUAAUUUUAAAGCUUAAAAAAUAUAAAUAUACACAAAAAACUUGUGUCACGAAUUUGUAUUGUUCUAAGCAAUACAAAAACACGAAACGAGAUUUAUUUUCCUCAUAAUUUGAUAGCAUAAAUCGAACGGCGGCGGGAGUUGCAGAACAUCAAAAAAAAGUUUCAUCGAUAUGCGAAACUAAAAGCAAAACCUAUCUUACGAGUUAAGAUUUUUUCCGUUGCUGAUGUUACCCUUAACAUUAGUCCGUACAGAGUAAAUGCAGUUUUGAAUAGUCGAAUACUAGUAACAUUGUCCACAACUAGUUGGGUAAGCUUGCUAAAAUACGCCGCAGAAAGUUAAACAUUGUCAGGUCGGUGUGCAAAUGGCGAAGCUCGGAAAAUACGUGAAGAGAAAUCCCUGGGAUCUACUGAAUCGAUCGGCGCUUUCCUCGGUUUUUGUUUUUUUUUAAGAAUAUACUGCGACUAGAGCCAAUUUGGAACUAUCUUAUCAA